ACCAAUCCCAAAAACGUCGCUCCGCUUUGUUUACGUAUACUGUCAAGGCGUCCAUUUUUCGCAUUUUCUCGCUGCUCCCAGUCGGUUGUUGCUCCCAUUUGUGCCCCAAACCCCAUGGACGACCCUGGAAGAAUGAUGGGUCAUUCCGGCGGCGGCUUGAUGCCGCCCCAGCCCUACAUGAACCAAGAGGCCCAAUCCGGGGGCGAAAACGAGCCCCGCAAGCAAGACAUCGGUGAAAUCUUGCAACAAAUAAUGAACAUCACCGACCAGAGCCUCGACGAGGCACAAGCCCGAAAGCACACCCUAAACUGCCACCGGAUGAAGCCCGCCUUGUUCUCAGUGCUGUGCGAAAUCAAGGAAAAGACCGUUCUAAGUCUGCGGAACACCCAAGAGGAAGAGCCGCCAGACCCGCAGCUAAUGAGGCUCGACAACAUGCUCAUCGCAGAAGGCGUCGCGGGCCCCGAGAAGGGCGGCGGCGCGGGGGCGGCGGCCUCGGGCUCGGCGGCGGCGCAAGCCGGCCAACCAGACAACGCCAUCGAACACAGCGACUACAGAGCCAAGCUGGCGCAAAUCCGCCAGAUCUACCACCAGGAAUUGGAGAAGUACGAACAGGCCUGCAACGAGUUCACCACGCACGUCAUGAACCUCCUGAGGGAGCAGUCGCGGACGCGCCCCAUCACCCCGAAGGAGAUCGAGCGGAUGGUGCAAAUCAUCCACAAGAAGUUCAGCUCGAUCCAGAUGCAGCUGAAGCAAUCCACGUGUGAGGCUGUCAUGAUCCUGAGGUCGAGGUUUCUGGAUGCGCGUCGCAAAAGGCGCAAUUUCAGCAAGCAAGCCUCCGAGAUCCUAAACGAGUACUUUUAUUCGCACCUAUCGAACCCCUACCCCAGUGAAGAGGCGAAAGAGGAGUUGGCGCGCAAAUGCGGCAUCACGGUGAGCCAAGUCUCCAAUUGGUUCGGGAAUAAAAGAAUCAGGUAUAAGAAGAACAUAGGCAAAGCUCAAGAGGAGGCGAACUUGUACGCGGCAAAAAAGGCCGCGGGGGCGUCGCCCUAUAGCGGAACACCGACUCCCAUGAUGUCGCCUGCGCCGCCGCAGGACUCCAUGGGGUAUUCCAUGGGUUCAGCGUAUGACCAGAGCUCGGCGUAUGAUGCCAGCAGCUGCGGGUACGACCCCAUGCAUCCACAGGAGUUGAGUCCUUAAGGAUUGGGUUCUUGUAUACUAACAAAACGAAUAACGUAUACUGAUUUUGUAAUGUGUACAGUGUGUUUUCGUUGGAGCUUCACACGUCAGGUUUUUAGUGUAGGAGUACAUUGCAAUAUUUUAGGUUAUAAUUUAUUAUUAAGAGUAACGUGUGGACGGUUGCUUUAUUUAAAUGUUAACCGUUAAGGUGAGUUUUUCUUAAGGGGGCUUUGCGUUUCAGAGGCAGCCAAGGAAAACUGCUUUAACGCUACUAUUAUGAAUUUAUUUUGUAUUUUAUUGAAAUAAUCCGUGCUUAGCUCUUUAAAUAAAUAAAUAAGUGACUGUA